UAAGCGGAAAACCACGCCCCUUGUCCUGUGCUCGCUGGAACAUUUUGUUUUUUGAAGCUAAUUUACUUCCACACUUGGUCCACCAAUGGCAUUCCGCUGACUUUGCAACGUUAACUGGACCUUAAAUCUUACAGGAACGUUACGAAACGGGCGUCAAGGCGUCAAAUUCGAUGAGUUUGGAGUUAAAGUAAUGAAAUGUAAACACGCCCACCAUUCAUCCAAAUUUCAUCUAAAAAUUAAAUCAUGGAUGUUUGCGACGGGAAAAAGAAGAGAAAGGUAAGCGGCGGUGGCAAUUGCAGGCGAAAUGUGGCCGGGAAGGCGAAAAGAGAGCCGGCUAAAGUCCUCCGCUCCCUCACGGUGGAGGACAAUAACAAAUACCGGGAGCCCAUGGAGGAAGAGGACGACGACGACUGCUUCUCCAUUAGCUUCCUCCGGACAGUUCGGCCAGAGCCUGCCGUGCUGGUGCCUCUGUCGGUGCCACCGAGAUACACUCUGAUCCGGGAGGUGGGCCGGGGUAGCUACGGUGUGGUGUACGAGGCCAUAGCCCGGAAAACUGGAGCCAGGCUGGCCGUGAAAAGGCUCCAGUGCGACGCCCCGGAGAACGUGGAGUUGGCUUUGGCCGAGUUCUGGGCCCUUACCAGCCUGGAGAACCGACACCAGAAUGUUGUGCAACUGGAGGAGUGUGUCCUGCAGAGGAAUGGCUUGGCCCAGAAGAUGAGCCAUGGCAACAAGAGGUCCAAACCAUACCUGAGGCUGGUGGAGACCUCACUGAAAGGGGAACGCAUUAUAGGGCAGCCGUCUGAACCGUGUUACCUCUGGUUUGUCAUGGAGUUUUGUGAAGGUGGUGACCUCAAUCAGUACGUCCUGUCUCGUCGACCGGACCCCCAGACCAACAGGAGUUUUAUGCGCCAGUUGACAAGUGCUGUGGCUUUCCUGCACCGGAACAACAUUGUUCACAGGGAUCUGAAGCCAGAUAACAUUUUAAUCACACAGAAAUCCGGUUCACCGGUUCUUAAAGUAGCUGACUUUGGCUUGAGUAAGGUUUGCGCGACCGUCAAUUCGAAGAACGCUGAGGAGUUGCCCGCUGCAGGUGUUGGCAGCAGAGGGAGCAACCAGAACAACAUUGUCAACCUCAACAAGUUAUGGUUGUCCUCUGCGUGCGGGUCAGACUUCUACAUGGCCCCCGAGGUGUGGGAGGGCCACUACACGGCUAAGGCGGAUAUCUUUGCCUUAGGCAUCAUCAUCUGGGCAAUGAUCGAGCGGAUCACUUUCAUUGACGCCGAGUCCAAACGGGAGCUGCUGGGCACCUACGUACGACAAGGCUCAGAGAUUGUGCCUGUUGGCGAGGCCUUGUUGGAGAACCCCAAGAUGGUCCUCCACAUUCCUCAGAAGGCCAGGAGCUCCAUGUCAGAAGAGGUGAAGAAACUCCUCCAGGAAAUGCUUGCGUUCAACCCUCAGGAGCGACCCGACGCCUGUCAGCUGGAGGUGCUGAUGGACCGGGUCACGUGUGCCGCGUGAGCGCCCCAACUACUCAAACCCUUUCCCUUUUUCCCCACUCCAACUAGUCAAAAAAGGUACCUCUUUAUUUCCCAGAUUUUGUUUACCGCGUGGAUGUGGACUCCUUGACAGAGAAAGGGAAUCCGCCAAAGCGAGACUGUGAAGAACACAACGCGUUCAUUUUGGACUGAUGUGGUCAGUUUCUUCAGUUGGGACCACUAUGCAAUCAACUCUCUUCCAGCACCACCCGCAAUGAAACGUCUUGACGAUGUAGCUGUUUGUUUUCCUCCUUCCGGGCCUGUUUGUUUUCUUUUUCAUUGCGAUGCAGCGAGUAGUAGCACAGGUAAGCUAACCUACCUUUUAUGGGAUGACCCUUGUCCUGAGGUGGCUGCGUCGCUUCUUUCCUCUGAACAGGCGUUGCUAUCAGUUUCCCAACACGGUGCCUUAAACAGGGUCUUGCAACACUGAAAAACGUAGUCACACCCGUGAGUUUUCUUUACCCGGCCUUCCGACGUGGAUCGGGGGGAAUAGAGGGCAGGUGAUUGAAUGGAAGGAAGAGCGCGUAGAUUAGCGUACGAAGACUGCGGAGGCUUUUCCAAAAGAUUUGGUUUGUAAACACAGGGAGCUUCUUUCUUCAUUGCGUAUCGGACCAAAGCAUGAUGUAGCAUUUCAUUUCAGUCAUUCCGCACUCGUGGUGGACUUUGAGGUAUUUCCCCCCCCAUGUGGUGUGGAGCGACCUCAUUAGCGACACGCUUUCCCUUUACACGCUCAGUUUUGUUUGAAACAUCCUCAGGUUCUUGGCGACCUCUUCACUACUAAACAAGUGUGUGGCUAGUUUUCUUGUGGAGUUUGGGCUUAGACGUAAGUUAGCGCUCACUAACAUUUUUCUUGCCCUCAACACGGUCACCCGAUGUAGCCUAGUUCUUAUGAGGUGGUGUUAUUGUACAGUUAACCCAAUGUUAAGACAAUCUCCAAAA